AUGUUCAGGCAUCAGUUUCCUGGGUUUCUAACAGGGGCCAUAAAUCUCUCUUGGGAUUCCAACAGUCUCAAGAUAAGAGGUAGCAUUUUGUCUUUAACUGCUACCAGUGUAAAAAGUGCAAAACCAGCAUUAGAACUUGUUCGGUCUCCCUCUGUUCCGGGAGAAGAGGCUAAAGAGGAGGAAAAUUACAACAACCCUCCGUCUGUUGCUGCACCACAGCCUGGACAACCUGAAUCAAGUGCAAAACCAGCAUUAGAACUUGUUCGGUCUCCCUCUGUUCCUGGGGAUGAGGACAAAGAGGAGGAAAAUUACAACAACCCUCCGUCUGUUGCUGCACCACAGCCUGGACAACCAGAAUCAAGUGCAAAACCAGCAUUAGAACUUGUUCGGUCUCCCUCUGUUCCGGGAGAAGAGGCUAAAGAGGAGGAAAAUUACAACAACCCUCUGUCUGUUGCUGCACCACAGCCUGGACAACCUGAAUCAAGUGCAAAACCAGCAUUAGAACUUGUUCGGUCUCCCUCUGUUCCUGGAGAAGAGGGCAAAGAGGAGGAAAAUUACAACAACCCUCCAUCUGUUGCUGCACCACAGCCUGGACAACCUGAAUCAAGUGCAAAACCAGCAUUAGAACUUGUUCGGUCUCCCUCUGUUCCGGGAGAAGAGGCUAAAGAGGAGGAAAAUUACAACAACCCUCCAUCUGUUGCUGCACCACAGCCUGGACAACCUGAAUCAAGUGCAAAACCAGUAUUAGAACUUGUUCGAUCUCCCUCUGUUCCUGGAGAAGAGGCUAAAGAGGAGGAAAAUUACAACAACCCUCCGUCUGUUGCUGCACCACAGCCUGGACAACCUGAAUCAAGUGCAAAACCAGCAUUAGAACUUGUUCGGUCUCCCUCUGUUCCGGGAGAAGAGGGCAAAGAGGAGGAAAAUUACAACAACCCUCCGUCUGUUGCUGCACCACAGCCUGGACAACCUGAAUCAAGUGCAAAACCAGCAUUAGAACUUGUUCGGUCUCCGUCUGUUCCUGGAGAAGAGGCUAAAGAGGAGGAAAAUUACAACAACCCUCCAUCUGUUGCUGCACCACAGCCUGGACAACCUGAAUCAGCAGAUAAUGACCCAGGAGAGCAGCAGCACAGUGCUUUGGGAAUGCAUGAGCACAUCAGACUUUGA